AGCCUUCUUUGCGCUUCUUUUUCUUUGUUGCUACUCAGCGAGAAGUAGAUGGCCGACCAAAACAAACUCCUAACUCCAGUAAUUCGUUUACACGAUGUGCUGUGUUUUGGUACAUUAUUUAAACAAAAUUAGAUUUUUGCUUAUAAUUCAUAAUUUAUAAGACUUAUUUAUUCACCUGAACAAUAUCAAUGUAAAUGCAGUUAUUCGGUCAGGAGGUGGGGAAAAAAACUCCGGGAUCGUUUUAGUUGACCUGCAGGAUAUCUUCCUUCUCACAUGGGAAGUUCGCUUUUCACCCUUAAUCAAAUGGUAGUUGAAAACGCUUAAUGUUUUGUACUUUUUUAACUGUAUAAUUGUUGUGAUCAUGUUAAAGUCUAAAACCUUCGUUAAAAAGACUCGUACCGGCCGGGUUUUGAAAAUAGUGCGCGAGCAUUACUUGCGAGACGACAUUUGGUGUGGAAGCGAGGCGUGCGACCAAUGCAGCCAGGAGUCCACAGUGCUGAAGACAGAUGCGUGCAUAGAGAGCAGCCUGUGCUCCUUUUCGCAUUACCUUAUCCCCGACACCAAUGUGGUGCUACAUCAGAUCGAUGUCUUGGAGGACCCCGUUAUUUGUAACGUGGUGAUCCUCCAGACUGUUCUCCAGGAAGUGCGCCACCGCAGUGCACCUGUCUAUAAACGCCUCAAAGACCUAGUCCAUGACAGUGAAAGACAUUUUUACACCUUUACCAAUGAGCACCACAGAGAAACAUUCAUCGAACGCGAACCAGGGGAGAGCGCCAACGACAGGAAUGACCGAGCAAUCCGCGUGGCAACUAAGUGGUACAGCGAACAUCUGGCAAAGCCUGAUAACCCCAAGGUGGUGCUGCUAACUAAUGACCUCAGUAACAAGCAAAAGGCACAGGAGAGUGGUCUCCUGGUGUACAAAUUUGAGGAGUACAUCAAGGGUCUGACAGCAAACCCGGAGCUUUUAGAUCGCCUGGCGUUGUCAAAUAAUGACAAGAAUGACAUUAGCAGCAGUAGGGUGUUAUUCCCUGAGCACCUUCCUCUAUCCAGAAUCCAGGCUGGCAUUAAAAGCGGCGCCUACCUUCAGGGAACCUUCAAGGCCAGCAGGGACAACUACCUAGAGGCCAAAGUGUUUAUCCAAAAAGAUGGGGAGGAAGGCAUGGAGGUGCUCAUCCAAGGCCUUCAUAACCUCAAUAGAGCCGUACAUCAAGAUGUGGUUGCCGUGCAGCUGUUGCCACGCAAUCAGUGGGUGGCUCCCUCUUCUGUAAUACUGCAGGAUGUGGGCUCUGCCAAAGAUGACGCCAAUGAAGAAGAGGAGGAGGAGAAGAUGGAAGACGCUCUUAGAAGUUCUGGAAGGGAUGUGAACAGGAAAGCCACAGGCAAAAUAGUGGGGAUCAUCAAGAGAAGCUGGAGGCCCUUCUGUGGAAUGCUCAAUAUGUCCCAAAUCAAAGAGUCAACGCGCCAUCUUUUCACACCGGCGGACCGCUGCAUUCCACGCAUCCGUAUUGAAACCCGCCAAGCGGCCACCUUAGUAGGACAGAGGAUUAUGGUAGCCAUUGAUGGCUGGCCCAAAGACUCCAGAUAUCCAAAUGGUCACUUUGUACGCAGUUUAGGUACAGCAGGGGAGAAGGAAACUGAAGAGGAAGUCCUUCUUUUGGAGCACGACGUUCCCCAUCAGGCCUUCUCUCAGGCGGUGCUCAGUUUUCUUCCCAAAAUGCCAUGGAGCAUUAAACCAGAGGACAUGGUGGGAAGGGAGGACCUGAGGCAUCUGACAGUGUGCAGUGUGGAUCCUCCCGGAUGUACAGACAUUGACGACGCGCUCCACUGCAGAGAGCUUAGCAAUGGAAACUUCGAGGUGGGAGUCCACAUCGCAGAUGUCAGUCACUUCAUCAGACCCGGGAACGCCCUGGACAAAGAGGCUGCAAACCGAGGCACAACGGUUUACCUCUGUGGGAAGAGGAUUGACAUGGUUCCUGAACUGCUAAGCUCCAAUCUUUGCUCGCUACGCUCCAAUGUGGAGAGGUUGGCCUUCUCAUCAAUCUGGGAGAUGACUCAAGAGGCUGAAGUUCUAAAAACGCGCUUUACAAAAAGUGUCAUCAACUCCAAGGCAUCCCUGACAUACGCAGAAGCUCAGAUGAGAAUCGAUGACACCAGCAAGAGCGACGACGUCACCAAAAGCCUUCGUGGCCUCAACAGGCUCGCCAAGAUCCUCAAGAAACGGAGGAUCGAGAAAGGGGCACUGACACUGUCCAGCUUGGAGGUCCGCUUCCACAUGGACAGCGAAACCCACGACCCCAUUGAGCUUCAGACGAAAGAGCUCAUGGAGACAAACUCCAUGGUGGAGGAGUUCAUGUUGCUGGCAAACAUUUCAGUCGCCCAGAAGAUCUAUGAUGAGUUUACAGAAUGUGCCCUACUAAGGAAACAUCCAGCACCGCCACCUUCGAACUAUGACAUCCUACUGAAGGCGGCAAAGUCCAAAGAUGUGCUAAUCCGCACAGAUUCGGCCAAGGGGCUGGCUGAUUCUUUGGAAGCUGCCAGAGUGGAUGGCUUUGCGUACUUCAACACGCUGCUGCGUAUCCUAGCCACUCGCUGUAUGAUGCAGGCGGUCUAUUUCUGCUCUGGAAUGGACAGCGAUUUCCACCACUAUGGUCUCGCUUCACCCAUUUACACGCACUUCACGUCUCCCAUACGGAGGUAUGCUGACAUCAUCGUGCAUCGACUUCUGGCUGUGGCCAUUGGAGCUGACAGCACCUAUCCAGAUUUGACAGACAAACAUAAACAGUCGGCACUGUGCAACAAUCUCAACUACAGACACAAAAUGUCCCAGUAUGCUCAAAGGGCAUCUGUGGCUUUCCAUACACAGUUGUUCUUCAAGAGCCGUGGCAUCUUGAGCGAGGAAGGAUUUGUCCUGUUUGUGAGGAAGAAUGCCAUCAUUGUCCUCAUUCCCAAGUUCGGCCUGGAAGGUACGGUCUUCUUUGACAGCAAGGACAAGGGUGGCCCUAAUCUUGUAUUUGAUGAGGAGGGUCCGUUUCUGACUGUGGAGCAACACACCUUCCAUAUAUUUGACCGGGUGAAGGUCACCAUCAGUCUGGACGACUCAAAUAUUCAGCACCAGAAAAUACGUAUGGCCUUGACAGAGCCAGUGAUCCCAGGUGUGAGUGUUUCAGCCACUGACCUUGAAACUCAAAACAAAAAGGCCAAACUGGAUCGCUGAACGGUUACUUUCAAUCAAGAAUUUGACUUGUUUCUCUUUGGACUCUGAAAAUAAAACUGACAUACAAAAAUGUUGGAUUUUUAAGCAUUUAUAUUGAAGUUUUUUUUUUUUCUCCUACACCUUUGCGAUAAUGAAACCAUAUAUGUUUUAAGAGGUCCAAAUAAUUUUGCUGAUGCUUCAUUGCCACUAUUGUAAUACAAUAAUUUUUUAAAACACCAGAUGAACCAACGGCAUAGAUAUAGCACCUUUCAAUGAAUCGGAAGACACCAGUUUAUUCAUGUUACCAAAUGCACGAUUUGGUGAACAGCGUUUUUAUUUUUGAAAUGCCCAGGAAAACAGCACCACAGAAUGUCUUCAUUAUAUAUAACAGCAUAUGGACACGUGUUGCUCAGUCUUGUUUCCAAUGAAGAGGGAAUUUUAAAAUGACAUUGGUCACACUGUUGUGGAAUGAACUGUGAACCACCACUAUAAGGAGUAUUGUCAUGUUUGCAUUCAAAUAAGGUGACAAAUUAUUCAUCUAUGAUAUUUUUACAUAAAAGGCAUGAAGUCAAAACAAUGCAGGAUCGCAAUACUCUGAAGACCAAGGUAGUCAUAAUGCAGAUUUCAUUUAGCAUUUCUCAUUCGUGGCAUACUGAACCGAAACCACUAAUGUUCAAGUAAAAAAAUAAAAUAAAAAUAAAAAAAUCAACAUAAAUACAUAAAAUAAUUUGAUAAAAUUUACCUCAAAGUACAUAUCCGAUAUCAACAUUUGCGUGGUUUUGUCUUCAGAUCUGCCAGUGCCACUGUGUGAUAACAGCUUGUACAAAUUUAAUGCCUCUGCAAACUGACGUUUGCAAAAAAAAAAUAAUAAAGGCUUUAAGAAGUGGGUGUCCUUUUCAAAGUGUGAAACAGGUUAGUGAUGAGGAUACCACACCUGGAAGACAAAGUCAAAAGGGGUUUGUUAAUAGUUUAAAAGUUUCAGACUCGCCUGCAACAAGUGAAAAAGGUCAUUCAAAAGAGAAAUAUGUAUAGCUUGCAAAUGAAAUGUGUGAUUCAAAAAAGUGGUUUGCAAAUA